AUGUCUUCAUCGCUGGAUAAGCCGCCGACGGUCUCACCCGUCGGCCCCGACUACCGCUCAGAGAGCCAAAAGCCCACGGCAACUGUCUCAACCCCGGUGGAAUUCGACACAGUUACGGUUCUGCCACAGACGCCCCAGCUAAUUGCGUUACUCACCAUGAUCCGGGAUAAGAACACGGAUCGCGGAGACUUCAUCUUCUACUCCAACCGCAUCAUCCGUCUUUUGGUGGAGGAGGGUCUCAACCACCUGCCCACUGUUGAGAACACUGUGACCACCCCGGUCGGGCGUGUGUACGAUGGCUUGUCAUUCCAGGGCAAGAUCUGCGGUGUCUCAAUCAUGCGGGCCGGCGAGGCGAUGGAGCAGGGCCUUAGGGACUGCUGCCGCUCAGUCAGGAUCGGAAAAAUUCUAAUCCAGCGCGACGAGGAAACGGCACAACCCAAGCUCUUCUAUGAUAAGCUUCCCGAGGAUAUUGCGGAGAGAUGGGUUCUCCUUCUGGACCCCAUGUUUGCGACAGGUGGCUCCGCCAUUAUGGCUGUUGAAGUUCUGAAGUCGCGAGGCGUUCCGGAGGACCGCAUCCUGUUCAUCAACCUUAUCGCAAGCCCUGAAGGUAUCAAGAACUUCGCUACCAAGUUUCCUAAGCUCCGGGUAGUCACAGCAUUUGUCGACCAAGGGCUUGACGAGAAGAACUACAUCUGCCCCGGGCUCGGCGACUUUGGCGAUAGAUAUUACACACGGUGA